AUGGCCCAGCCCUUGUCCCGGCCCCUCGUCCUAUCCCGAUCCCGGCCUUGGCCCCCGGCCCCGCCUUCGCCCCGCUUCCCAAAUCGGCCUCAGUCCCGGCCUGGGUCCCAGCGAAUGCCAAGGUCCGGGUCCCUACCCAGGUUCCCCCUCCGGUCCCAGUCUCUGCCCCGGGCCUGGCCCCUAUCCCCGCUUGGGCCCUCGUACCAUACCCUGUCACAAAUCCCAGCACAGCCCCUGUCCCAACCCCAUUCCCAGUGUUUGCUUAAACCCCUGGCCCAACCCCAGCCAUUGCUCCAGUCCCCAUCACAGCCCCUCCUUCCAUCCCAUGCCCUGCCCUUGUUCAAGCCCCAGUGCCCAGCACAACCCAACCUCUUAUCUCAGCCUUUGCCCUCAUCUCUGUGUUUACACAAGUCUCUCCCACUAGCUGCCCCCCUCUCUCAUACUCUGCCCCUCUCCCAGCCUCGGCUCAGGUCUGGGCUCCAGCUGCCGCCAGCCCUAUUGCUGCUGUUGCUGUUCUCUGUCCUUGGCCCAGCGGCUGGAGGCCUUUUCCUGACUGAUUACUCCACCUGCUCACCCCGCAAGCUGAGUCCUUUCCGCUCCUUUGCCAGCACCGAGCUCUUCCACUUCCAUGUUCCCGAGGAUACGUUUCUGGCUGUUUGGAACCUCAUCAUCUUCAAGGAGCAGGGGGGAACCUUUGGGGACCACUGCCCAGACCAAAGUGUGACUGUGUAUUUCCGGUCCGGGGCACCCCCUGUCAUCAAUCCCCUGCAUACACACUUCCCAGGGGACACAGCUGUGCCUGGGGUUUUCUCACUGACCCUCAGCUGGACACUGCCCAACCGCACCUCAGGCAUCUUUAACGUCAGCAGCCCCUUGCCUGGGGACUGGUUCUUGGCUGCCCACCUUCCCCAGGCCCACGGCCACAUCUCUGUCAAGGGUCUCCAGGAUGAGUGUCAGUACCUCCUUCAGCCGCAGCUGAUUGUCCGGCGUUUGCUGGAUGUUGCAGUGCUGGUUCCUGGCCGUCCCUCAGAGCAGACCCUCUCCCCCCACAAUCGCUCAGCCCUGUACAAGUAAGUCGAAUACUCCC